GCCGUGGCAGGUAACUUGCUUGUCAUCCUCUCAGUGGCCUGCAACCGACACCUGCAGACUGUCACCAACUAUUUCAUCGUGAACCUGGCCGUGGCCGACCUGCUGCUGAGUGCCACGGUACUGCCCUUCUCGGCCACCAUGGAGGUUCUGGGCUUCUGGGCCUUUGGCCGGGCCUUCUGCGACGUGUGGGCCGCCGUGGACGUGCUGUGCUGCACGGCCUCCAUCCUCAGCCUCUGCACCAUCUCCGUGGACCGGUACGUGGGCGUGCGCCACUCACUCAAGUACCCAGCCAUCAUGACCGAGCGCAAGGCGGCCGCCAUCCUGGCGCUGCUUUGGGUCGUAGCCCUGGUGGUGUCCGUAGGGCCCUUGCUGGGCUGGAAGGAGCCCGUGCCCCCUGACGAGCGCUUUUGCGGUAUCACCGAGGAGGCGGGCUACGCUGUCUUCUCCUCUGUGUGCUCCUUCUACCUGCCCAUGGCGGUCAUCGUGGUCAUGUAUUGCCGCGUGUACGUGGUCGCGCGCAGCACCACGCGCAGCCUCGAGGCGGGCGUCAAGCGCGAGCGAGGCAAGGCCUCCGAGGUGGUGCUGCGCAUCCACUGUCGUGGCGCGGCCACGGGCGCCGACGGGGCGCACGGCCUGCGCAGCGCCAAGGGCCACACCUUCCGCAGCUCGCUCUCCGUGCGCCUGCUCAAGUUCUCCCGUGAGAAGAAAGCGGCCAAGACGCUGGCCAUCGUCGUGGGCGUCUUCGUGCUCUGCUGGUUCCCUUUCUUCUUUGUCCUGCCGCUCGGUGAGUGA